GUUUGUAUUAACUUUCGCCUUCCCCUUUCACUUAGAACAGAACAUAAACUCGCAUUUCUCUGUCUUAAAAUAAACACCUUCAAACCCUAAAGCUCCCCUGAACACAAAAAAUGGUGAAGAAGGGAAAAACAAAGAAAAAAUAUCACAAACCCUCCAAACCCCACCAUCACUCAAACCAAGAAGAAGCCAAGGAGGACAAAACCAUGACAGUAAAGACACUCCCAGCCGAUCUUGUUCUUGAAAUACUCUACAGGACUCAAGUUAAGGCACUUGUAAGAUGUAAGUGUGUUGCAAAAUCUUGGUAUGCUCUUAUUAAUCACCCUUCUUUUAUACAAAAGCACCUUGAGUUCAACACUCCAAGAAACACAACGCUUAUAUGUAAUUUUGGCUAUGAUAGUAUGUUACCAAAAAACAGUCAUUUUGAUGAUUAUAGUCGUAGACUCAUUGGUUUGUUAAGUGUAACUGGGCCUCCCACUCCGCUCCUUCGAGUUGAUAGACACUUUACUAAUAGGCCUAAUUACCCCAAGAAAAUUAAUUUUCCUGAUUUUUCGAAGAGAAUGUUUGUUGCUGGUUCGAUUAAUGGCAUUGUUUUUUUAAGUCAUACUCAAGAAAUGUCGGGGCGUUUUGUUGCUUUAUGGAACCCGGGUACUCAUUAUUGGAUGCCGAUUGCUCUUAAGAAUUGGGAUAAUGCGUCGGUUGGUUUUGGGUUUGAUGCGGUGCGAAGUGAUUACAAAGUUAUAUGCAUUGUUCCUGAAACUCGUCUUAAAUAUCUAGGACGGUCUCGGGUUGAGAUUUACUCUACAAACCGGGGUUCUUGGGAAAAUGUUGAUGGGAAAAGCAUCAUUCCAUUCUUUCCAAUGCCUGGUAUUCAACAUUGUUAUUGUAUCGUCAAAGGUGUUCCAUAUUGGGUAGGGAGUGAUCUACAGGCAAGAGAUACAAAUUCAAUUAGUUUGGGAAGAAUUGAUCCUGUUACGGGGCGGUAUAAGAGUGUAAUGUAUCCCAGCCAUCUCCAGAAUAAGGGUCGUGUGUGGGUGAAUCCUGUGAAAUGGAAAGAUUCAGUUGCUUUUGGAGUUCUUUUCCCAGCUGGGUCUCCGAAUCAGAUGUUCGAUUUGUAUGUGCUGGCAGAUGAGGACACAUCUAAAUGGACAAAGAUGUAUAGUAUUGUGCCACCCAGUUGUAUAAGUGAUCUUAAAGGUACACGUAUUGCUCAGUGCUUUAGCACAGGUGAGAUUGUAUUUGAGAUUUCGACACAGGACCCUAAUAUUGUUCAAAAUGUGGAUUAUUGCAUUUGUGACCCUGAAACUAGUCGUGUGUACCGUAAUAAUGAAAUUGAGGCAUUAAUUCCAUUUUGGCACGAGUCAUGCAGUCAUGUAGAGAGCCUAGUAUGUGUCAAGGGAAUGAUACAGAUUGGAAAGGAGCACAAAGACAAAAAUAUUAGCUCUAAGAUGGACUGGACUGAAUUCUUGUUGAAAGAAUUUGAGUCGGCGUUACAUCUUUAACUUAUCUGCUGCUGGAUAGGUGGUGAAGGCAGGAAAGAAGCCACCGGAGAACCCUUCAACUUUGUAAUGUAAUGUUUCUAUUAUGAUAUCACUUUAUAUCCAUGUGUAAAACAUCGAAGUUGACCUCUUGUUAAAAUUUUAAUCUACCUCAAAAUAGCUUUAUAUGCAAGUUUUGAUGGUUGGAAUGUAAUGUAAGAUGUAUGGUUAUCGUAAUUCUAGUUCAUUUUUCGAA